AUGCGUACGUUCAAGAGUGAGGCAGGUGGCACGCCAGGGAGCGAGUUGCUGUCAGUCUUGAUGGGUCCAAACAGCAACCAGACGAAGCUGGACGGUUGUGUGGCGCAGGUGGUUACGAUGGGCGCGGGCAGUGGCGGCGAGGUGACGGCUUUGGUGUUGGGGCCCAAGACGGCGUUUAAAGCAGGGUUGGAGACGGUCGGUGAGCGAACGCCGUUGACGAUGGAGACGACGAUGGUGGAUGGCGAGAAGUACGACUGGUUCGAGCACUGGGACCGGAUGAUGGUGUGGCGUCCGAAGGACGGGCCUCCGAGUGACGGACACGCGGAGGCGGCACUGCUGGCGGCGCUGCAGCGCCGGCUGGAGAGCAGAGGACCUCGGGACAAGCCUGAGGCGGUGGAGGCGUUGUGUCGCGAAGUCUUUGGGAAACACUUGGAUGACCUGCACGCCAUCCUGAAGGGGAGUGGCGAGAUGCAGGAGCAGGUGGACGGAGUCACCGUGGCUGUGAUGCGACCCGUGGACCCCUCGGAGUUGGCGGAGCUCUUGGCCCGGGUUCCCAAGGAGUGGAUGCCGGUGUUGCAAGAGUCAGCAGGGUGGAAGACUGCGCACUGGAACGACGGCGGGGACGUGGAGGCCGCACAGGCGAAGCCCAGACGCGAAGGGAGACGCUCCCUGUACAAGGCUGCGGGCCUCCUGGGGCUAGGCACGGCCACCGGCUUCCUUGCGAACUACCUGUGGCGGUCCCUCGGGUCGUCGCAGCGAGGGGCGGCGGUAGGAGACUUUGUAUUGCCGGGGACGAUCGCCAAGUUAAGCGCUGAGGUCCCCGGAGGCCGCACGUGGACGUACGUCUGGUCGGUCGGGGACCCCAAGCCGCCUGCACCCUGCGGCAGCGGCGCCCUGUGCUGCGACCAGGUGUGCACCAACUUCGGCAGCCCCUGGGCCGUCACGUACCCGCUCGCUUGGAAUAUGACAAGUUGGGUCGCAGCCGACACGUGCCGGACAUUGUGCAACAGUCCGCAAGACACUGAGAACCUUCGCGACGAACGACUCCUCACACACUUCCCCCUAACUAGAACCCCCACGACCAUGUCGCACGAGGAACAAGUCCAACAAUUCUCUGCAGCACUCACUCGCGUCUGCUCAGGCAGGAGCGGCCCGUUGCGAAACGUCGGCACGAUCCUUCCAUGCGACUGCGACGUUGCCGAUGUCACCUGCGACGUGCUGACCAAAAGCACCCAGGAAAUUCAAAAGGUUACACUCACUGACUUGGAAACUUCUGUGGUCAGGGUGGCCAACUCUUUCGCAGACUACCCGAAAGAUGUCUACGACGUCACGAACUGUAAUUUCGAAUGUUGGAACUUGACCGAAAAGGCCAAACAGACCGCAAUCGCAAACAGAGCCGCAGAAGCAGCCCGCCGGAACUCGCUUAAGCCUACCAAGAAAACCCAUCAGCUACAUCUUCGUUUCGGCUGA